GUCUUCGAGUACCGCCAGCUCCACGGGCGGACAUUCCAGAGCUCGAAAACGACAGAGUACUGGGGUCCCAACGAUGACAGGCAAAAGAUUGGGCUGGAUAUCGCCCAUCACUACAUAACACGACUCUUGAAUGACCAGCUAUACGAAGCGCCUGUAGGCAGCCCAUCUAAGGUCCUCGACGUCGGGACGGGCACGGGCAUCUGGGCCAUCGAUAUGGCAGAUACCUUCCCGUCGGCCGAGGUCAUUGGCUUUGACAUAAGUCCCAUUCAGCCGGCCUGGGUGCCCCCCAACUGCCAGUUCCACUUGGACGACGCGCAACUCGACUGGACAUGGACACCCGAGAGUUUUGACUUUGUACACAUCCGCAUGCUUUACGGUAGCAUAGACGACUGGACAAGGUUGUACAGCCAGGCGUACAAGGCACUUGUGCCCGGCGGCUACCUGGAGCAUUUCGAACUCAACAUUGAGUUACAGAGCGACGUGCCCGAGGUGCGCGACGAUCCUGACCACGUAUUCAAGCAGUGGGCCAAUGUCUUCUUCGAAGCCUUUGACCGUCUUGGCAAGACGGCCAGGAUUGGACUGGACGGCCGUAUGCGCAACUACCUGCUGGACGCCGGUUUCGAAGACAUUGUCGAGAAAGAUUAUUAUCUGCCAUGUGGCGGAUGGAGCAGUGAUCGGCGGCUCAAGGAGAUCGGCUCCUUCAAUCUUGCCUUCAUGGAGGAGAGUCUGGAAGGCUUCGCACUUUUCCUCCUCGCAGAGAUCAUGGGAUGGGAAUACACGGAGAUCCAGCUACUCGUCGCGAACAUGAGGAAAGCUUGCCGGGACUUCAAAAUCCGACCGUAUACUGUGGUGCCAAACGUCUAUGCGAGGAAACCUCGAGCCCCUUAA